CCUCCCAGCCCAAACCAGCUGGACCAGCUCUCCCGGUGUCUGCCCCGCAGCCCCCCCCCCUCCCUCCAGCCAAGUCACAGCCUCCAGGGCACCUUCAGACAAGCAGGUGGUGGGUCCUGAAGCCGGAGACAGGACGUGGGCUUCUGGGCAGAGAUGGCCCUGCAGAGCCAGAUGUGGUCUCCAGCCACUCCCAUGCCGAUGGCCGAGAGCUCCCUCUACCGGCAGCGGCUAGAGGUCAUCGCCCGGCGGCUGCAGGAGGAGAUCCGCUCGGCGCGCCGGGAGCUGGAGGAGGAGAAGCUCCGCGUGGAGCGGCUCAAGAGGAAGUCUCUCCGGGAGCGUUGGCUAAUGGAUGGGGCGGCUGAGGGGCCAGAGCGGCCGGAGGAGCCCACCUCUCGGGACCCGCAGUCUCCCGAGGGCCAGGCGCAGGCCCGCAUUCGCCACCUGGAAGACAGCCUGCUCACGCUCCAGUCCCAGCUGCAGCUGCUGCAAAGCGCGUCUACAGGUGCCCAGCACAAGCCCUCGGGCAGGCCCACCUGGCGCAGACAGGGGCACCGUCCUCUCUCCCUGCCCACCGUGGAGGCAAGUCCUGCAGGCUACACUGAUCUGAACAAGAGAACCUCCCUGCCAGCUGGGCCCCUGGGCACAUCCCCAGAGUCCCCCUCUGAGUCCAGAGACGAGGCUGCUGGGGUUCUGCCAGCCCUGAGGCCGGCGCUCGGGGCAGCAGGGGGCUCCUCGGAAGCCAAUGGCCCCUGCCCUGGACCCAGCCCCCCACCGGAGCAGGAGCCCAGGCAGGAGGUGGCGGCUUCCCAGGGAGGGGCAGUGGUGAAGGUGGUGUGGGAGGGUCUGGGGGUCACGGAGGACUGUGCCACGGGGGCCACAGGCCCGGAGCUGGAGGCUAAGGUGGAGGCGAUGGUGCUGGAGGCCAUCACGGACAGGCAGGAAGCCCGCUGCCCCCAGCUGCCGUCCUGGGUGAAGGAGGACCGGGGCGUCGUGGAGGUGGUCUGGGAAGGGGUGGGGGGCACGCGGGGCGGUGACUCGGAGGCCCCGGGGGAGGCGGGCAGGGGCCCGGAGUCUGCGAGGCUCCAGGAGGGCCUAGAGGAAGAAGGCAUUCCCAGGGGCAGCCCCGACGGCGACGGGCAGGGGGGCUCAGGAGGAGAGGAGGGCUCCUUCAUCUGGGUGGAGAGAGUGACCCUCAGCGAGGAGUGGGAGGAGCUGGUGGUGGAGGGGUCGGGAGGGUCACAGGCUUCGGUGGGGGAGGGAGGAGCUGCGAGUCCCCGGCGGGCGGGGCGGGGGCGAGGGGAGGGGCCCUGGAAGGUGGAGAGGAGCCGGGCUGAGGCCUCCGUGGGCGCAAGUGAGCAAAAGGCAGGCGCAGAGGCGGAAGGGGCGGAGAUGCCUCCGGUGGGAGAGAGGAGAGGAAGACGGGGGUCCUCGGAGCCGGAGAGGAGAGGAGGUGAGAAGCUGGGCACAGACGGGGAAGGAGGUGGGGAACCACUGUCGGCAGAAAGAGAGGAAGGUGAGGGGCCUUUGAGGGCAGAGGGGGAAAGUGGUGAGGAAAAGCUAGGGGCAGAGCAGGAAGUUGAGGAGCCCUUGGGAGUAGAGCACAAAGGAGAUGAGGAAAGCCUAGAGGCGACCGGAGCCCCGCUGGUGACUGAGAGAAGAGGAAGUGAGGGAUCUCUGAAGGCAGAGAGAACGGGAGGUGAGGAGCCUUUGCAGGCAGAGAAGAUGCAAGGGGUCAAGGAGGAUCUGAGUCCAGAAGAGCAGAGCGAGCCCGGGGGAGGAAAGGAAGGUCAGGUGGACGAGGUGAGUGAGGCAGGCGCUUCCCUGGGGGCCGAGGAGGAAGGACGGUGGCCCCCAGAGAAGCAGGAAGGCUCCCUGGAGGAGGAAGCAGUGAGGCCCCAAACCCCUGUGGAGGGCCCAAGCCCCUCCGGGGACGCCGCCCCGCUCCUGGUAGAGACCCCAGCUCCGGAGCAGCCCGCCGAGUGCCAGCCCCUGCUUCAGGUGGAGGGGCCCAGGGCCAACCCCCGCGCCCACCCCGUGCCCACCUACGCGCCCACCCGGCGGUCCGAGCCACCUGCCCCUCCUGAGGGCGAGGAGGCAGGCGGCCCAAAGCAGAAGACGUGCCAGUGCUGUGCGGUGAUGUGAGCCGCCUCCCCGCCCAGCGCCUCUCUCAGCUACCUCGGCCUCGGCAGCCAGCGGAGGGCCCCGGGGGCAGACAGGGCACCACGGA